AUGGAUUCAAGAGAAAAUGGAAUGCGAAGAGGUCGAUCCCGUUCUCGAUCUCCCUCCCCUAUGAACUCGCCGUCAGCUGACUUAUCGUUAAUGCUUUUGAUUCCUGAGUCUCUUGUGUCCCAUUUUAUAAACCCAGAGGUCACUAACCACAUCAAAGAAGAGUCCAAGAUCGACAAAAUUUGUAUUUUUGAGCCUGAUGGGGUGACCCGGGAAAAAAUAAUUGCCUUGUAUAGCUUAUGCAUUCUUUUGGCUUAAAAAUAAUGAUUCAGCUGGAGACUUUAGCUUUUUUCUAAAGGUAGCCACAUUUAGCAGUCAAUAAGGAUGUAUAAGCUAUACAGCGUUGACUUAUCCAAGCAGCUCCAAGCUUUUCAUUUAAUCAUUAAUGAUUUCUUAGCUAUUGGAGACUAUAAAAUGAAAGAAGAUGGGAUCAUUAUUCUCAUCCCUGAAAAUAUGGUGUCAUUGCUGAUUGGAAAAGGUGGAAAACAGGUCAAGUAUCUACAAGAAAAAAGCAAUACCAAUAUUUCCGUUUACGAUAAAAAGUCCUUAGCUUCUGAUCGACAGGUAAAAAUUGUCGGACGGCCAAUGGAAAUUGAAACAGCGGCCAAAGCUAUUUAUCAGCUGAUCAGGGACAGAAAUUUCAGCCCUGAGUCAAAACCCGCCCCUUCUCCAGGACGUUCACAAGUUCGGUUUGUGGUCCCUAGCACUUGUGCUGGAAUUUUGAUAGGAAAAGGAGGACUUUUCACUAAAAGAAUCAAAUCAGAAUUUGACGUCGACAUACGACUUAUCAAAGGUGACAGAAGACCUCUCAGAGAUGACGAGCAUACAGCAGUAAUUUCUAUAUAGAUCCUUACAGGCAGCCAAAGCGGAGUUUCCCAAGCAAUCCCCAAAAUAAUCCAAAAAAUUGAUGAAGCAAUGGUAAAUGACGGCUUUAAUGAUCCUUCUGUCAAAAUGCUGGUCACCCCAAGCCAAAAAUUAAGGCUGCUUUCUUCAGGCAGUGCAGCCCUUAAAGAAAUAGAAUACCGCUCCAGGUGUGGAAAGAUAAGGGUGCUAAUUGAUAAACGUGCUGAUAGAGAUGACGAUGUAAUUGUUGCAAUCGAAGGCCCGCCAGUUCCCAAAGAAGACGCCACCAUUAUGAUUUUUGAAUUUUUAGAAAAAAACUACGACACCCCGCCUCAGAGACGAAAUUCGCCCUCGCCCAGACGUGAGCCUAGAGACGAUAGAUCCAAUAUAAGCAUAACUGUACCUGACAAACUGGUUGCCCGGCUUAUUGGAAGGAAAGGAGAACAAGUGAAGAAUAUGAUGGAUAUGAGCAGCUGCUGCAUUACUUUUCAUAAGACUUAUGAGGGGGUUGACACACCUGAAGGAGAUAAAGCUAGGCUAUGUACCCUUAAAGGAAGCACAAGUUCCAUUGCUAGUGCUGUCAGGAUUAUACUUGAAAACGUUAAUAAGCUAGAACAAGAUUAA